UGUUCAUGGCGCGCACGGCAGCCACGCACCCGGACGGAAUCUUUUAUCCUUUUUACCUCUCCUACGUUUCCUAAAGCCUUAAAGUACUCGCGAGUGCACUGAAAAUAAACUUAAGACCCCAAUACAUCUUUCCAGUGAUCAAUUACGCUUCGAAAAUAACCAUAACCCCGUGAAAUAAGGCGUUAAAGAGAGGCUACGGGCGUGAGGACUCGAAACUAUACUCAAUAAUCAUCACUAAUUACUCCUAUAUCUUCGCUAAUUAACAUCAAAUUACACUGCUGAGGCGUUAAUUAGUAGCCCAAGUUACUGUUAAGUCUCUGCAAGUGUUUGAAUAAGCCUGGAAAUGAUGCUAAACUUGUGAAAUAUAAGAAAAAGUGUGAUUUUGAGAUAGUGUGUGUGUGUGUGUGAGAGAGAGAGAGAGAGAGAGAGCAUAAUUUGUUUUCUGAUCCUUCCUUUCUUUCUUUCUUUUUCUUUCUUUCUUUCCUUCCUUUCUUUCUUUCCUUCCUUCCUUCCUUCCUUUCUUUUUAUAUAUAAUUAUUUCCCUAUGACUGUAUUCAAAAUGUGUGUGUGCAUUUAACAUAUCCAUCCCUGUGUGUGUGUGUGUGUGUGUGUGUGUGUGUGUGUGUGUGUGAGAGAGAGAGAGAGAGAAAGAGAGAGAGACUUAAACCUAUACUUAUAUCAUUAGUUUCCGCUUCUGUUCAAAAUAAUGUCUGUCUAGGUUAGAUAUAUCCGUCCUUCUGUGUGCGUGUGUGUGUGUGUGUGCGAUGCGUCCCCGAGUCUGCCGUCAAGAAGAUCGCAGUUAUGUCAAUGGCUUUCUGCGGGAGUUCGGACUGUCGGUCCAGAUGCGUCUGUACACCAUGCACAAGAGGGAGUUCGUCAUGGUGUUCAUCGUGUUCUUCGUCACGCUGGGCCUCGCACUCUUCAUCGGGCUGGCCGGUCCGCCCAUCACGGUGACCCAGCAGCAGUCCGCCACACAGCUGGGCCGUCCGCUGAACCACUCCCAGCUGCUGACCGGCCCCUACCAGAUGAAGUGCCCGCCACUGUCCACCUACGCCCAGCAGCUGUGGCUCAUUGCACGGGUCAUAGUGGACAUAAAGGACGACCAGUCGUUCAGCAAGGAGUUCCACCUGAGUGUGUCGGUCGAGGGCCUGACCAGAGACCAGCAGCAGGAGACAGUGCUGCCGGCAGACAAACCACACAACAAGAGCCGCACCCUAGAGUGUGACCAGCGAGGAUGCGGGGCGGUGACAAUCAUGCACCUGAGUUACUUGCGCUACACCCACUACGUCGUGACCGUCACCUUCAGCGGCCUGGCGGAGGUGCAGCAGUGGCACGCCUUCAGGGACGUGGUCUUCUAUUUCAAAACCUACAACCCAAACUUCACCAAACUUGAGAUCUGGCUUCGCUUCAUAUUCCUGCUACUGGCGUUUAUAGUGGCCUGCUGGCUGGCCCAUAGUCUGAGGAAGUACGCCCUCUAUGACUGGUCUAUUGAGCAGAAGUGGAUGUCCAUACUGCUGCCUCUGUUGCUGCUCUACAAUGAUCCCGUGUUCCCGAUGACGUUCCUGGUUGAGUCGUGGGUGCCGGCGCUGGUUGACACAGUGUUCCAGGCCACCUUCCUCUGCUCCCUCCUGCUCUUCUGGCUGUGUAUAUACCACGGACUCAGACAGAAUGAGCGAGCCUUCUCCACGUUCUACCUGCCCAAGUUUGCUCUGGUUGGGUUGCUGUGGUUGGCGGUGGUGGUGACGGCCGCCGUGCAGAAGUGUAAUGAGCUUCAUGACCCGCUAUACUCCGCCAUGCUGGAGACUCACCAUUUCCAGAAGUUCAAGAUCUUUUUCUUUGUGACGGGAAGCUUCUACCUCCUCUACCUGCUCUACCUCAUCAUCACGGCGUACAGCGAGCUCAGGUCCAUGCCAUACUUCGACCUGCGGCUCAAGUUCGUGACCCUGCUCCUUGCCGUGGUGGUCAGCGUGGGCACCACCAUCACUGUGCUGAGGUUUGGGGUUGGCGUGCUGGAGGACAACUUUGUGGCCCAGCUGUCCACGCACUACGAGAGCUCCGCGCAGUUCAUGGCUUUCUACGGACUCCUGAAUUUGUAUGUCUUCACGAUGGCAUAUGUCUACUCGCCCUCGGAACGUGCGCUGAUGGAGACGCACAUCCUGAAGGACAACCCCGCCUUCAGCAUGGUCAAUGAUUCCGACGAGGACGUGAUCUAUGGCUCGGACGAAGACACGCGGCGACCCCUCAACCAGCGCUCCAACGACAAUGACGAGAGUGACUAAACCAGGAGGAGGAGGAGGAGGAGGAGGAGAGAAGAUGAGAGAGGGAGAGGAGGAGAGAGAAUAUGUAAGCAGGUAGAGAUGGAGAGAAAAUAUGGAGAUAACUAAGAGAGAGAGAGAGAGAGAGAGAGUUGUGAAUGCCAAAGCAAGUGUUAGAUAGGCUUUCAACACACACACACAUACACGGCCCGGUAGCUCAGGGGUAGAGCGUCUGGCUCACAACCAGAAGGACUGGGGUUCGAUUCCCCGGCCGGGUGAAGAUAAGUUGGGUUUAUCUUCUUUCACGUGUAGCCCCGGUUCACCUAGCAGUGAGUAGGUACACGACGUCAGGCAAGGAGUUGUGACCUCGUUGUCGUGGUGUGUUGUGUGUGAGUGGUCUCAGUCCUACCCAAAGAUCGGUACUAUGAGCUCUGUGCUCUUCCGUAGGGGAACGGCUGGCUGUCUUGAGAGAGACUCGCAGCAGACCAAGAGGUGAAUUACACACACACACACACACACACACAUACACACACACCCAGUCCAUAUACAUUUGAGGGUGUCCAGCAUAACCUAUACAUACACAUAUAUAUACAUGGCUAUUACUGUGUGCUAUUUAUACAUACAUACAUACAUACGUACAUACAUACAGUCAAUCCGUGCAUGUGUGAGUGUGUAUGCCAGAUAUUAUUAUUAUUAUUAUUAUUAUUAUUAUUAUUAUUAUUAUUAUUAUUAUUAUUAUUGCUACGUUCUUCUUCUUCCUUCUCCUCCUCCUCCUCCUCCUCCUCUUCCUCCUCCUCCUCCUUACCAUCUUUUUCUUUUAUUUAUUUUAUUAUUAUUUUAUUUUUAAGAGGAAAACGUUUUAUCAGGGAAUUUAUUUUUGUCUGGUAACAACUUUUCCGAUCUUUCGUUUCCUUUUUUUUUUACGUUUAUUGUCUAUUGUUUGUUUGUUCGUUUGUUUGUUUGACGCCGCCUCCGCCAUCUCAGGUUAUUGCUAUUAUUAUUAUUAUUAUUUAUAUUUAUUUCUGAGAGCCAAAUAUUUUUCAGGAAUUUUGUAUCUCUUAUUAAUAUUUCAUCAUUAUUAUUAUUAUCAUCAUUAUCUUAACCUUAAAUAAUCUAGCUUCCAUUGACAUAAGAAAAAAGAAAAAAGAAAAAAAAUAAAUAUACAGUUGUGUCCUGGUUGUCAAAUGCCAUAUACAGAAUUAUCAUACAUCAUUAUCAUCAUUAAUAUAGCCAUCAUUAUCAUCAUAGUGUAAGCCAUUAUCAUAUCAUCGCCAUCAUCGCUAACUUAUUAUGUAUACAACUCGCUGUUCACAUGUGUUAGCCGUCAGCAUAGGACAGCAUACUGGGGCAUAGGACAGCAUACUGGGGCAUAGUACAGCAUAUUGCAUAGGGUGUGUUUGCUAGUCUGUCUGUCUGUCUGUCUGUCUCUUAAAAUGCCCUUCUAUUCUCUAUCUAUCUGUCUAUUUGUAUCUAUUUUUAUUUCAUUUAUAGAGUCAUUUAUUUCCUCUCUCUAUCUCUUUCUCUAUCUCUACCCUUUCUUUCUUUCUUUCUUUCUUUCUUUCUUCCUUUCUCGCUCUUUCCCCAUUCUCAUCUCUUUUCUUCCUUUCCUUCCUUAUUUUUUUUUCUUUUUCCUUAUCUCUUCUCUCCUUCCCUUCCCUUCCUUUCCUUUCCCUUCCCUUCUCUUCCAUUCUCUUCCCUUUCCUUUCCAUCGCUUCCCUUUCUUUCCCUUCCCUUCCCUUCUAUUCCAUUCUCUUUCCUUUCCUUUCCAUCCCUUCCUUUCCCUUCCCUUCUCUUCCCUUUCCUUUCCAUCCCUUCCCUUCCCUUCCCUUCCCUUCUAUUCCAUUCUCUUCCCUUUCCAUCCCUUACCUUCCUUUCCCUUCCCUUCCCUUCCCUUCCAUUCUCUUCCCUUUCCAUCCCUUACCUUCCUUUCCCUUCCCUUCCCUUCCCUUCCCUUCCAUUCCAUUCCAUUCCAUUCCAUUCCCUAUCCAUCCCAUCCCUUCUAUUCUCUUCCCUUUCCUUUCCAUCCCUUUCCUUCUCUCUCUCUCUCCCUUACCCUAAUGCGAGUACUAAUAGGUCAUGGCGGUGCGUACAAAUUGGCAAACACACUCUAUAUAUAUUUUUUUAGCUUCAAGUUGUCAGUCAAAGGAAGGGAAGGGAACGGAAGGGUUGAGAUUUUAAAGGUUUUGGUAGGAGUUAAUAUUUUUGGUUGUUUUUGGUUGUGUAUUGUGGUUGAUUUUUGGUGGUUUGGUGGUGGUGGUGGAGGUGAUUCUCUUUCUUUCCUUCUCUCUCUCUCUCUCUCUCUCUCUCUC